UCGUCGACAGCGCCAGUCACACCGCCGUGAGGACUCGUCGAUGCCUGGUGGACGGAGAGGGCGAUCAACGCCGAGCUGGAGGAGAUGGCGGUCUGGAGAUGCUCCGGCCGCUGGAAGCGGGGAGGAAUCUCGUCCGGAGCGGCAUGGA